AAAGGAGUGCCGAUCGACGGUCCGGUGCCAUGUCCAACAUCUACGUGACGGAGCCCAACACAGAGGGCAAGGUGCUGAUGCGCACGACGUUUGGCGACCUCGACGUUGAGUUCUGGCCGCAGCAAGCACCUCGUGCGUGCCGCAACUUCUUUCAACUCGCGAUGGAAAAGUACUACGACAACACGUUGUUCCACCGACUGAUAUCAGGGUUCAUGAUCCAAGGCGGUGACCCCACGGGCACGGGCGAUGGUGGCGAGUCGGCGUUUGGCGAGCCGUUUCCAGACGAGUUUCACUCGCGGCUUCGGUUCAACCACCGCGGACUCCUCGCGAUGGCGAAUUCGAACAAACCAAACACGAACAGGAGUCAAUUCUUCUUCACCCUGGACGCAUGCGACUUUCUCACGAAGAAGCACACGAUCUUCGGCAAGGUCACUGGCAACACGAUCUUCAACCUGCUCACCGUCAACGACAUGGAAACGUCCGGGGACGAGCGCCCCAUCGAACCGAUCAAGCUCCUGACCAUUGAAAUUUUGUGGAAUCCGUUCGAGGACAUCGUGCCGCGGUCGAUCAAAGCCGCGCCCAGUGCAAAAGCAAGCACGGCAGCGGCAGAAAAGAAAAAACGGCGGCAAGGCACCAAGGAUCUAAAACUCCUCUCGUUUGGCGACGAGGCCGACGAUGAAUUCGUCCAACAGCCUGUGAAGAAAGCCAAAGGCAGCUUGAGCAGCCACGACGUGCUGCGCGAUCCGAAACUCAGCCAACGUGUAGACGAGAAUCUUCAGACAAAAGUAGCGUCGGUGCCAGCCGCGCGCGUUGACCGGCCCAAAGACGACGACGACGGCGGCAGCGACGAUGCAGCCGACGUCGACGCGGGGUCGCUGAGUACUUUGAAGGCGCGCAUUUCCGACAAGUUGAAAAAGAAAUCUGCCUACGUACACACGACGGCAAAGCCCAAAGUGCUCGACGACGACGCUGCCACCGCGGACCAGUUGGACGAUGGCGAUGCCGACGAAGCCACGAAGAAAAAGCUAAAAAAAGCGUCCAAGAAAGCGUCCAAAAAGGAUGAGUACACGCUGCUGAGAGAAGAGCUGAAGAAGACCCACAAAGCCGCCGCCAUGCUCAAGGGCGACAAGCUCAAAGCUGCCGAAGCGGAAAAAGCGUUCCAAGAAAUGCUGACGCCGCUGCAGCUGCGUCGGCAAAAAUACCUCGCGACCAAACGGUCGUCGACGGCGGACCGCCAAAAGCAGACGCUCGCGCGGCUCGAAUCGUUUAAAGAGACUCUGACCAAGGUGUUGGAAACAAAAAAAACGGCGCAGACACCAGCCCGUGCCGACGAGUCCCAAGUGUACCAUGGCCAAGUGUUUGAGGAAGGCAGCGACGCAGACGACGACGAUGGCCACGAUGCCAAGGACCCGUCGUGGAUGACCAAGGAGCUCAAGUUCAAAAAGCACAUUGACUUGGCGCUGUGUUGGAGUGGCAAGUCGUUGGCGAUGGUCGGUUUGGCCUCGAAACGCGCCCGGUCAGAUCCAUCGAGGCAGGGCGCCAACGAUGCUCGGAGGGAUCGAGACAUCCAUGGGAACAAAUAG